AUGGCUGCAAAAUCUACGAAUGAUCAGAAUAAAACGAACCAACGUUAUUUCGAUGUUGCCAAUGAAACUGGAAAAAUGUUAUUGCCAAUCGAAGGCUACCAGAAUGUUGAUUUAGUUACCCUAGAAAAAGCCAUUGAACCAUUAAUCCAUAUUGUGACUGACAUAAGUCGAAAAGCAUGGGUGGCGAAAGAACUUUGUCAAACACCGUUUUCUGGUGACUUAAGCCAUGAUGAAUUAGCUGCCAUUAUACUAUACAUAAUGGGAUGGUUACUCCAUGAUCGUUGCCUUUAUGUUGUACUCAACGAAGCACUUCGUUCAAGAAACCGUCUCCAGCUAUUGCCACCAUGGUUUCUAUAUUUGAAACUCUUUUUAACAGCAUUAUUCAAACUACCAUCAGAACGAUUGGCGUGGUAUGAAAAUGGACUUGAGUCAGCAGUAUUCGACCGGGUCAACAUUGGUCUGGUGGGGUUUUAG